CGAAUAUACUUUACAGGCGAAGCAAAAGAAGGAUGAACAAGUGCAAGGGUUACGUGGAGAAUAUUUUCAAAUCGAUAAAGAGGCAGAUCAACAACUUGGACCCGGAGGAAGACGGAGACACGCUGCAAGCGGUUGUCGACGCGUGCCAGACAUUUUACGUGUCACUUUUCGCAAGGGGAAAAGGCCUGUUCGGUCAGAGGCAGAUGGACAAAGAGUUGGCGAGAAACGCCCCGAAAAUUCCAACAGUUUCGACGACGGAGGGAUCCGGUGAAACGUCUCAUCGACCUGACGACGAUCCUCCAAAGAGCAAGAAAGGCCUUGGCAAGGGUUCUCCGGGCGUCCAUAGGGCGAGAAACGUGACGAAACGGCAGGAGAGAACGCGCACGAGCGACGCGUUCCUCGGCCGUAAGCGAAAUUCGGCCGGCUCAAGCACCACAGGUGUAGCAGAGGGAACGAAACGAGCAUUGCUCCCGAAGUCGGCGGAGACCACCAGCACGACAGCACCAGCAAUUCCACCAGCACCGAUGACACCACCGCAAACGGCACCCCGGCCACCUAAAAAAGCGCGUCUCGAGCAGCCGGAGAAAAGAAAACCUCUCUGCGCCCAGGCUGCGAAAGCCAACACGGGAGCAAAGCGAGUGCAAAUGAUGCAAAAGCUCGCGGCGGCCGGCGAGAAAGACGAGCCCCCAAAUCAUGUAGAAUUAGAACUAUUUUGGGGGGCCAUGAACGACUGGAAGAUUCUCGACGCUGGCUUGGUGGCGGCGUUGCAAUCCACGUGGGAGGAGAUGAAUUCCGAGAAAAGCAGAACGCCGGUGCAAAAAAUUCUCACGCUAACGGCAAUCCCGAACGGCGUGAGCAAUUGCAUUCAACACUGCAUUGGCAACCUGGUGCGAGAAUUUGUUCGGCAAACCAAGUCGGACGGUCGAAAGGUCAACUAUACGGCCGGCUGCGACGCGAUGGAAGACGAGAUAAGGGCCGAGCACUACCGAAGAUAUCUCGCAAUGGUGAAGGAUUGUGCGUGCGAAGCGUGCAAAGCGGUCAUCGAGUUCGACGAGGCCUACACUAGAUACCACGACAAUUUGGAAAUGACCACGGCGCAAAUGGAAACCGAACCGGUUCGCUUCGCAGACAGACCGAUGCACUGCGACGACGUCGAUUUCCGUGCCCAAAGUCUGCGCACUCAGUUUACCGGCCUGAGUUCCACGAGUCUGCUCAAGGCGCUAUACUUCUCGAAUUCGACGCCCGCGUUUAGCCCUCCCACGCUAUCGUUGGCGAUGCCCACAGAUGUGCAAAGCAUGACGACGAGAUACUUACAGCCAUUCCUGAGAGAGAGAAAGUUGCAGGAUCCACUGCCCCAGUCGUGGAAAACCGUGAGCCCGACACCGGCGGAACACGAAUUGGUCAGCGUCCCAAAGAAAUGCCUGCGCAUGUUUGACGGAGACUCGGGCGAGAUAUUGCUGACAUCCGAGUGCGAACGCGAACUCCACGACCUGGCGACGGACGACGGGAAGCUACGAUUCCGGCUUAGAAACUGCGACGCGCCUGAGACGGAGUGCUCGGUGCGUAUCUACAAACAACCAGACGACGGGUCGACGACGAUGACGCCGUUCUUACGCGACAUAUUGGAAUCGAAGCACUGCGGGCAGCGAGGGAGCUGGAGAUUGGUUCAGGUCUUCACGAGAAACGAGAACGGCAGCCUGGAUAACUUGACCGAGAAACUCGCCGCGGCCGGGUACACGCUGUCUUUUUACACGACCGGAAUAGACGUCGCCGUGGAUGCAGCGAUGCGUGCGGCGAUUGUCGACAAAGAGGGAAUCUUCAGCCUGCCGGAAGAAGUCUUCACCUACCCGAACCUGCCGUGGGACAUACGAAAGAUGUGGGGACAACACGGCGUGAACGCGUACGAAGAAUAUCGUCCGAUAUUGAACCGCCCCGAGGAUCCUACGGUAUGGGCCUGCAGUGGCGCUGGAUCGCGGCAAGUUCUCGCAGACGAUGGUGAAUCGUGGCCCGAGAGCCAAGAUUCGGACAACUUUUUUUUUCGAAUCGUAUCAUGUAGCACGUUUUCGGAAAGCCGAUGUUUCGUCGCGAAAAGCGAAAUUCCGAACUCGGGUCACGGCCUGUUCCUAGCACGACACAAGUUCCCCAUCGAGAGCGGGGCGCAUAUCUGCCUUUACGCCGAACGAAGCACCACCGAGGAAGAAAUGAACAAAAACAGCAGCUCUCGUUCCUACGCGAUAUUCGUGCACAGAAAAAAACGAUGGUUCGACGCGGAGGUGGAAACGGCCAAUAAUUUGGGACGAUUUGCAAAUCAGCCGUGGGUGCUCGAAGCAUUCAAGCACAUACGAACUCUUUCGUCAGCGGAAAGGCCCCCUCUGACGGAAGAGGAUUGGGCGAAAACCGAAAGUCGAAUAGACGAACAGUGCAACGCUCGCUUCGACACGACCGGGGAACAGUUAGUUCUACGAACGAAACGGCGCUUGGAGCCCUCGAAACGUCCGACGGAGAUACUGGUGAACUACGGUGGGCUUCGCUCCUACUGGAUCCCGUUGUUAAGACAACGCCGUGAUGAUGAAGUGCUACCAGAAAGCCUGAGAGAAAUCGUUGCGUGGCUUUUCGAGUCCCCAGAAUGCAACUGGUCGACCGAGCAAAGAACUAAAUGGGCGUUUAUGUGA